UUCAGAGUUGAACAUUAACUGAGCAAUGAGGGGGCUGACAGUAGAGUACUGGGCACUACAGGAUCCAGCUAGGGGAACACUCACCGUGCCUGUCUGACUCUAUCUGUCUAUAUCCUAAUCCUGUUUGCCUAUAUCACCUAUCCCCUGACCAAACAUCGGCUGGGCUAGCUGUUGGGAUAUGAAGCUGCAUCUGCCUGUACUCUUGCUGCUCUGCCUCUGUUGGCUGGGACUGACUGAUGAGACUGGUACGGUAGCUACUGAGUACCACUCUUGCGGGGAGCAGGUGCUCAGCCAGGAGGCCCGGUGGUCAGUAGGGGGUGCUGUAGAGAGACUGGGCAGGCAGCUACUGGACAGCCUGCAGACAGGGCCAGAGCAGCCCAACGUCAUCAUAUCACCCCUCAGCGUGGCCCUUGCACUAGCACAGCUCACACUGGGAGCUCGUAACGAGACACAGAAGUUGCUGCUAAGUUCUCUACACGCCCACACUGUGCCCUGCUACCAUGAAUCCCUGGGCAGCCUGCUCCAACACCUCACCAACACCUCCCUACAGGUGGCUACACGCAUGUACCUGCGCCCAGAGUUUGAGGUGUACCAGUCCUUUGUUGCAGAAUCCAUGCGUAGCUACAAAUCAGAGCCUGCCCCCUUGAUCUCAGUGGAAGAUGUCAACCAAUGGGUGGAAGACACCACCAAAGGUCACAUGACCAAUUUCCUGACCAGUAUUCCGCAUGAUGUGGUGCUCAUGCUGAUCAAUGCUGUGCAUUUCAAAGGUGAGUGGGAGGCUCGCUUCGACCCUCAGCUCACACAGAAGGAUGUCUUCUACCUGGACAAUAAGAACUUUGUCCAUGUAGACAUGAUGCGGUCAGCCAAGUAUCCACUGAGCCUGUUAGAAGAUGGGGAGCUUGGGGCUCAGGUUGCACGUUUUCCAUUUAAGGGAAACACCAGCUUUCUGGUAGUGAUGCCGUUGCCAGGAAGAGGAAACGUGUCAUCGCUGGUGGCCAAGCUGAAUAUCUCUGACCUGUACAGACGUCUACCUCAGGAGAGGACCAUGCAGGUCCAACUGCCCAAGUUCACCCUGCAGUACCGCCAAGAGCUACAGGAGGCGCUGACCAGCAUGGGUCUGGGCUCUUUGUUCUCUAGUCCUAAUCUGUCCGGUGUGUCAGCGGUUCCUCUGCAGGUGUCCAGCAUGCGUCACGCCUGCGGGGUGGAGUUGAGUGAGGAGGGGGCCGAAGCAUCUGCAGCCACCUCCAUCACCAUCAUGCGCUCUGUUCCCAUUUUUUCUGUAAACUCCCCCUUCCUGUUCGCCCUGGUAGACCACGCCUCCCUCGCUCCAAUCUUCCUGGGCACCGUCACUAACCCAGCCCCUGACGCCAGCCCCAUUCAGAUCGACAGUCCCCUCGGCGAUGAUCCCAAUGGCAACAGGACCCAAAGUGACAGCUCUCAUAGCAACAGCAAUGUACAGAACGAUGGUCCCCAUAGUAACAACAACGUACAGAGCGACAGUCCCCAUAGCAGUAACAACGUACAGAGUGACCAGCCACAAAGUGAUAGAAUGCAGUGCGGCGUCCCUGUCGGGGGGGAGGAGCCACAACAGCCCCUGAAUGAAGUAGAGGGAAACCCCAACGCCCAAGUGGAGGGGCAAGGAUCCAGUUCCUGUGCCAAUCCCUCUCAUACAGUUCCUUCCUAAACCAACACUGAUGCCCAACUUGCCCCAACCAAUCUCUCACUGUUCUGUCCUGAGCAACACUGAUGCCCAGCUUGCCCCAACCCAUCUCUCACUGUUCUGUCCUGAGAAACACUGAUGCCCAGCUUGCCCCAACCCAUCUCUCACUGUUCUGUCCUGAGAAACACUGAUGCCCAGCUUGCCCCAACCCAUCUCUCACUGUUCUGUCCUGUCCUGAGCAACACUGAUGCCCAGCUUGCCCCAACCCAUCUCUCACUGUUCUGUCCUGAGAAACACUGAUGCCCAGCUUGCCCCAACCCAUCUCUCACUGUUCUGUCCUGAGCAACACUGAUGCCCAGCUUGCCCCAACCCAUCUCUCACUGUUCUGUCCUGAGAAACACUGAUGCCCAGCUUGCCCCAACCCAUCUCUCACUGUUCUGUCCUGUCCUGAGCAACACUGAUGCCCAACUUGCCCCAACCCAUCUCUCACUGUUCUGUCCUGAGCAACACUGAUGCCCAGCUUGCCCCAACCCAUCUCUCACUGUUCUGUCCUGAGAAACACUGAUGCCCAGCUUGCCCCAACCCAUCUCUCACUGUUCUGUCCUGUCCUGAGCAACACUGAUGCCCAGCUUGCCCCAACCCAUCUCUCACUGUUCUGUCCUGAGAAACACUGAUUCCCAGCUUGCCCCAACCCAUCUCUCACUGUUCUGUCCUGAGCAACACUGAUGCCCAGCUUGCCCCAACCCAUCUCUCACUGUUCUGUCCUGAGAAACACUGAUGCCCAGCUUGCCCCAACCCAUCUCUCACUGUUCUGCCCUGUCCUGAGCAACACUGAUGCCCAACUUGCCCCAACCCAUCUCUCACUGUUCUGUCCUGUCCUGAGCAACACUGAUGCCCAGCUUGCCCCAACCCAUCUCUCACUCUUCUGUCCUGAGCAACACUGAUGCCCAGCUUGCCCCAACCCAUCUCUCACUGUUCUGUCCUGUCCUGAGCAACACUGAUGCCCAGCUUGCCCCAACCCAUCUCUCACUGUUCUGUCCUGAGCAACACUGAUGCCCAGCUUGCCCCAACCCAUCUCUCACUGUUCUGUCCUGUCCUGAGCAACACUGAUGCCCAGCUUGCCCCAAUGCAUCUCUCACUGUUCUGUCCUGUCCUGAGCAACACUGAUGCCCAGCUUGCCCCAAACCAUCUCUCACUGUUCUGUCAUGAACAAUACUGCCUGACCAGCUGGUCUCAUAUGGAGCCCAGCCCUCACAUAGCAAAACCCUAUCCCAAUCUAUUGGCACAGUUCCCAGUCCAGAAUCAACAACAGCCCCUACCCCUAGACACCUGACAACUUCUCACAGUCCCUCCCCAGUGAAUACCCCUGAUUACAACCCAGUGAUUUAGGAGAGACCAUGGACCUGUCCCAUACUACACUGUGUGUGCAGAUUAACACUCAAAUGUGUUUUUUUACACUUGGCUGUGCACUGUCUGUAUUACAGUAUUUGUGUUUUGUUUUGAUGUCUUACUUUUUGAUGAUUCUCACCUCUGGUAUUGAUUAAAGAAAUGAAGUCUCAAUGUUUUAA